UUGUUAAUGAAAAUGUGCUUAAAUAAUUUUUUCAAAAUAAUUUUAUUGUUCUUGACAUUAAGCAUUAGCUUAUUAAAUGACGCUUACGCUUUGCCAGCCUCUCUUGCUUGUGAUCAUACUCUAAAAGCUAAUACAACUUAUUUUUCGUUUUUAAAAAAAUUAUUUCGACAUUUUCUGCCAUUUUUGAGUAAUGACCGUGUUCGAAUGCGUUUUUUUUUAUAUAAACGAGAUUUUCCUGAUUGUGCUCGUGAGAUACGCAUCGAUGAUGAUGAAAGCAUACAUUUAUCUGGAUUUAAUGCUGAACAUCCGACACGAAUUCUCGUACAUGGCUGGCUGACUUCAAGCAAUGGUUCAUUUAAUCGCAUCGUUAAAAAUGCUUAUAUGAACUUGACGAAAAUUCAACCGAAUGGGUUCACACAUUCUAAUGAAAUUCUCCACUUUGAAGGCGAAAUUAGUUCUAAUUUACCUAGAGACUUUAACAUUAUUAUCGUUGACUGGACUGCAGUUGGGACGAAUAUCAAUUAUUUCAGUGUUGUGAAUAUGAUUGACAAAUUAGGCCUUAAUUUAGCGGAAUUUUUACUUUAUCUUCAAUUCAAAGCUAAUUUACAUAUGUUGGAUGUUUAUAUGAUCGGUCAUUCGAUGGGAUGCCAUAUAGCUGGUAGUGCUGGGCGACAAUUAAAACCUCAACGAAUUAAUACCAUAUUUGCUUUGGAUCCGGCCGGUCCAAAAUUUCGUAACUUAAAUGCUAAUCAACGUUUAAGCGAAUCUGAUGCCGUUUAUGUCGAAGUCAUACAUACAAGUGAUAUCUUAGGCAUUCAGCAAGACAUCGGACACGCUUCAUUCUAUCCGAAUUUUGGUAAAGGUCAAAAGAACUGCUAUAAAUUUGGUUGUUCUCAUGGAAGAGCUUAUCAUUACUUUGCCGAAUCUCUAACGAGCGAAUUAGGUUUCUGGGGCAUUAAAUGCGAAAAAGUCUCAGAACACGCAUGGAUUUUAUACCAUGAAGACGAAGACGUUCGUAUGGGUGGUGAACCUUCAAUGCCUAAAAAUGGUACUUUUUAUGUUAAAACCAAUGAUAUGCCACCAUAUGCUGUAGGUCGGAAGAGAAAAACCGACUGA